AUGCGCCAGGCCCCGUCCGUCCCACCCUCCUGCCAUCCCAUCCACCUCGGGCCACCCAAGGGUCCUCCAGCUGUUCAUGGGGAAACAGCUCCCACAGCAUCGUCACAACUGAUAACGGCCCCCUCCAGACAAGCGACUCAGUGGCUGGGCAUGAUCAUACAUGACUGGCCCGGGGGUACCUUUGGUCUCAAGUCUGGCGACAUGUCCUGGAUGGUCCUGGAUGGCAACUCCAAUCAUAUGGACGCCUCUCUAUCUGCUACAGACGGCGGCUUCACCAUGGACCUUGGUCCCGAGAUGUACAAUAUGCCCUUGCAGCCACACGACGCAAUCCCCUUCGGCACCAUCAUCCCCUCACAAAUUUCGAACACGGCUCUUGACGACGUCGCGUCGGGCAUACACUCGUGGCUAAUGUCCGUAGCCAGCCAUCCUGCUAGCGCGUCGAUACACACUAGCCCUGGGGAAAUUAUGCCGGAGCCUUCGACGCCAGCACUUAGGCGCUAUAGCCACCACCACCUUCAGCAGCAACACAGCUCGGAGAUACCGCAGCUCGCCGGCACGAAACGCAGGGAUAGCGAGAUACACGUGCACAGCACAGGGUCGCCAGAUGCGACGGCAAGUUUCGCGUCACAGUCUACGCCGUCGGACACGACGGCUCUUCCGAGCAGCAACAAGAAGAAGACGAUACGCGAGAAGAACCGAAUGGCUGCGACAAAGUAUCGCGACAAGACGAAAUGUGAAAUUACAGAGCUCGUGAAGACAGAGCAAUGGCUCUCCGAGAAGAAUAGUGCCUUAAAGGCCCACGUCAAGUAUUUAUGCGAUGAGAUCCUCGCCCUCAAGACGGAGAUCCUGCGACAUGGCACUUGCGAGAGCCAGCUCAUCCAGGACUACAUCAUGGAGAGGGCUACUGAACAACAAAGCGCUUCGACACCUCACGGGCGAUCUGGAUGUCAACUUCCUGAUCUGUAUCCCGAAGAAAUAUGCGAUAACGACAAUAGGCCUCUUCCCUAUCUUCGUCAUCGAAUCGUCGCAUGGGCAUAUAUUAAUCACCAAGCAUCAGCGUGCUGCGAUUCCACUCUUCGCCGAAAUGUGCGCAGAUCCCUUGUGGGCAAUAGCUCUGCGACCAUGCAACGAAUCUCUGACGGCAUACGAUCCAUGUGCACUGAGUACAAUGUGCUCAAGUGUCCCCGGUGGUCCGACAUGUCUGAUGAGUGUGGUGUUUGGGGAUUGCAGAAACAAUGUAGAGAGUGCUGAGCAGUGCCAGUGGUUGAGCAAGCGAACAAAUAUACAAGUUAUGGUUGCUGCUGGAGGAGCGAGCAGUGUGUACAUAUUCAUGCCCAUGCUAUGGAUGCAUUCUUUGGCUUGGCUCACCAUGAGCAAUAUCUCAAUCAAGCUUUCUCGUCGGCCUCUCUUUGAGGUAGGGCUAAUUGUGUUCAGCAAACAUCCGAACAAUUCAUGCCCGCACAAAAAGUGCACAAAGAAAGCGAGCA